GUUAGCUUCCAAAAAUAUUCCCUACAAUUUCGAUUCGAAAUGUGCUUUUGUCAUUAUUUUUCUUUGUUCGUCAAUUUAUGGUAGUAUCCAAUAGUUUGAUGUCUGGUCGAAAGAAAUAAGCAAAAUGUGCUCCUGCAGUAUACGUUGCUGCUUCUUGUAUAGCUUGAUUAUCUUCUCCUUCGUCUACUACUAUAACGAUGUGGUGGUCGACUACCUAGUCUUCGAGGAGCAGCAUCUUGUGGAGAAAUACUCUGUGGACACUAAGAGCUGUCGUAUGCUGACUAUGGUUCCCAAUGAACGCGACGUAAUGUUCCUGUGGCGCGGCCUUCGUAGAGACUUGUGCGCCAGCAACCUGGACAUGUCAUCCUUCAGCAAAUGCGAAUAUAACUACCUGAGAACGGAAGUAAAUAUAGAGCUUGCUAAAGCAAGAUAUGGCGUCGAGACUUUGGAGAGUUUCAAGUGCAUUUAUUAUGCCAUGGAGCGAAACACAGAUUUCGACAAUCGCUACUUGUAUAGCAGAGAAUUCGAGUUGCUCACGGAUGGUAAUAAUACAAUCGAACCCCAUGUGGAUAUCAUAAGAGCUGAGUGCUUUAUCAACGCUAAAAACAUCUACAACGGAGUCCAUUUUUACAUUCAUCCAACCGACAAAUGGCUGCGCAACACCCAGGGUCUCCCUCCUCUGAAGUUGGCUUCCGACGUCGGCAGUUUGUCUGUGUUGAUCGUGGGCCUAGAUUCCAUUUCCCAAAUGCAUUUCCACAGAAGCAUGACUCGCACAGCCAACUUUCUGCUAUCUCUUCCGCACGUGGAAUUUCAGGGGUUCAAUCGGUUAGGUGAUGACAGCUUCGAUACUAUGAUGCCGUUGCUUAGCGGCCUAAGUGGGCAAGAGAUGAAGGACAUUUCGUCUAACCUCAGCAGCCUGGACAGCUGUCCUUUUAUCUGGAAGGUUUUCCAAAGAGCCGGCUAUGAAACGGGCCUGGGCGAGGACAACAUAGACAAGAGUCUGUUCGUGAAGGGGUUUCGGGAGCCGCCAACAGAUUUUUACCUUCGGCCUGCUCUUCUUGAGAUGUGGCUGAAAACGAGAACGGACGGAUUACUUGGUAUCCACUGCAACGAAAAGGACAAUUACGCAAUGGUGCUUAGGGAGUUCCUAUUCAAGAUGCUUCCCCAUCAUAAAGCGCACAGGUUCUUUACAUUCCUUUGGUGGACCCAGGGCAUCGAUCACCUAUUUAACUACGGCCGGAAGCUGGAUCAACCGUUCCUAAAAAUGUUUAAAGCCUUAGCACAGAGUGGUAUUCUUAAGAACACAGUGCUCUUGGUGGUUUCCAAUCACGGGUUAAAUAAGGGCCGGUUUUACAAAACCGUGCAGGGCAAAGUGGAGGAGAGUCAGCCCCUGGCCAUGCUUUGCUAUCCCAGGUGGCUGGAAGAACGAUAUCCGCAAGCUCUUGGCAAUUUAAAGAGUAACAACCGUCGUUUGGUCACCGCCUUUGAUUUACAUGCCACUCUUCAGCAAUUCCCAAAUCUGACGUCGCUGGAGGAUGAGAAACUGAAGCAGCGCAGAUCUGAUUUAUGGGCAAUGGGCAAAGACAUUCCGCGUGGAAUAAGCCUUUUCUUGCCUAUUCCAGACCAUAGAGACUGUUUCUUGGCCGCCAUACCCACGGCUAACUGUCUGUGUCAGCAGCUUAGAAAUGUCUCGACUUCAGAUGGCUAUGUUCUGAGGGCUGCACGCCUCAUUAUUCGAAACCUCAAUAAGAUGACCCGCACACAUACUCCGCCUUGCAAGACUUUAUACCUGGUACGGGCUUUGACUGCUGAUAAUUGGAGACGCAUCGCAGAUGAGCAUCAGUCCGAAUUUAGGGUGCGAGUGUUAGCCACUCCUGGCGAGGGUCAGUUUGAAGGAAUCGUUAGGUAUUCGGGAUAUACGCUGGCUGUAGACGGCCUUAUAACACGCGUUAAUGACCACAGAAAUGGCUCUCAGUGCAUUAGAAACUACUUGAUUGACAUGUAUUGCUUUUGUCCUUGAGCCGCCACAUAAAAAUUUUAUUAGGUCGAA